AGAGGACAUUAUUUUUGUGUUUCUUUCUGAAAUGCUAAAUUAAGGCAAUACCUGUUUUAAAUUUGUGUCCUGAUCUGACCCAUGAAAAUGGGUAAUGCAGUGCAAACACUUUCCACUAGAAAACCAUUCAGCAUUUUCUAAACAGUUAAAACAAUACGAUGAGCCUCACAAUAAGGCCAGCUUUCACACUGACAGCAGGGACAGCUCUGGAGAAGGGUGGUGCUACAACAGGGAAUGUACAAUAGAGAUUGCACCGAUAGAUAUAUACGGCUUUCUACGAGGUCUGCGGUUCCAGGAGAGCUCAUAUUCACCUUCAGACCUGGGCUCAGCGCACAGACGUGCUGCAAAUGCAUUCUUCAUAAGGUUCACAGACAUCAGUGAGGGACUGGAGCAGAACAAGACAGCGACUGUGCUGCAGGAUCAGGAGUACCAUGCUGCCCCGCUGUGCAUUCAGUGUGUGCCAUGUGCUUAUGUUGGUGCUGUGUCUGUCUGCGGCUGAGGACUUCGACUGGACAAAGAACGACCACGGCUCCUUCUAUUAUGGCACUUUUCCAGCUGGAUUUUCGUGGGGUGCCGGAAGUUCAGCCUAUCAAACAGAAGGAGCCUGGGACAAAGAUGGAAAAGGACUAAGCAUCUGGGAUGUAUUCAGCCAUAAGAAAGGCAAAAUCCAACAAAAUGAAACUGGGGAUUCCUCCUGUGAGGGCUACUACAAAGUCAAGGAUGAUGUUUCUCUGAUGAAGGAGCUGAAGCUUAACCACUAUCGUUUUUCCAUCUCCUGGCCCAGACUCCUUCCUACUGGCAUAAAGUCCGACCAUAUAAACGAAAAGGGAAUCCAGCACUAUGAUCAACUGAUCGACCACCUUCUGGAGAACAAAAUCACCCCCAUUGUUACUCUGUACCACUGGGAUCUUCCACAGGUCUUACAAGAGAAAUACGGCGGAUGGCAGAAUAUAAGCAUGGUGAAUCAUUUCAAUGAAUUUGCCAACCUGUGCUUUGAAAGAUUUGGCAACCGAGUGAAGUACUGGAUCACUUUCAACAACCCAUGGUCUGUGGCAGUGGAAGGCUAUGAAACGGGUGAACAUGCUCCUGGACUGAAGCUGAGGGGAACAGGUGCAUACAGAGCUGCACAUCACAUAAUCAAGGCGCAUGCCAAAGUUUGGCACACUUAUGAUACACAGUGGAGGGCCAAGCAAAAAGGUCUGGUUGGCAUCUCUCUGUCGGGCGACUGGGGAGAGCCGGUGGAUAUCAGCAACCAGAAAGACAUAGAAGCCGCUGAGAGAUACGUCCAGUUCUACCUGGGCUGGUUUGCCACACCUAUCUUUCAUGGAGAUUACCCUCAAGUGAUGAAAGACUUCAUUGGAAGGAAGAGUGUCCAGCAGGGCCUCGGGACAUCUCGACUGCCCACAUUUUCCCCCCAGGAGAAGAGCUACAUAAAAGGAACCUGCGACUUCCUUGGUGUCGGUCACUUCACCACCCGCUACAUCACCCAGAAGAACAACCCGUCAGGCCGCAGCAGCAGCAGCAGCUACUUCAGUGAUCGAGACCUGGCCGAGCUGGUUGACCCGCGGUGGCCUGACCCUGGAUCAGAGUGGCUCUACUCUGUGCCCUGGGGGUUCAGACGGCUGCUCAAUUUCGUCAAGACUCAGUAUGGAAACCCAAUGAUUUAUGUGACUGAGAACGGAGUCUCUGAGAAGAUGCUGUGCACAGAGCUGUGUGAUGACUGGAGGAUACAAUAUUAUAAAGACUACAUUAAUGAGAUGCUCAAAGCUAUCAAAGAUGGAGUCAAUGUGAAGGGCUACACAGCGUGGUCCCUGCUGGACAAGUUUGAGUGGGAUGAAGGGUACUCUGAGAGGUUUGGUCUGUACUAUGUGGACUUCAGGAACAAGAACAAGCCUCGCUAUCCCAAAGCAUCUGUUCAGUUUUACAAACGCGUUAUCAGCUCCAACGGAUUCCCCAACCAAAGAGAGGUUGAAAACUGGAGGAGGAAGGCUGUUGAGACCUGCUCUUCCAGCAACCAGCUUCUCGCUGCAGAGGAACAGCGGAGUACUGCUGCCAAUAUUCUAAGACUUAUACAUGACCCCCUGACCAGCCACAUGGAGAUGGUAACUGAGAUCGUUGUUCCCACUGUGUGCACGCUCUCCAUUUUGCUCAGUGCCAUCUUCCUCAUGUUCCUGCUGCGGAGGCGGAACUAGAAAGUGUGCACGUUUACCUUCACAAGCAUCAACACACGAGCACACACAAUCAGUACGCAGACACACACUCAUAACAUUAAGUGCAUCAUUUCUUUAAUGGAUUAUGUGUGAGCAUAAACACAUUAUUUGGACUGAGUUUAAAGAGAUUUACUGGCUUCAUUAAUUUGAUGUGAAUACCAUGUUGAAAGUAAAACCAUUGGUUUAGCCUGUAAUAAUGAAUUUAGUAACAGACACUAAAGCAGUGUGGAUGCUCCUGCAAUAUGUUAGGUUUCCUUAUUAAAAUAUUGCUGUGAUAUACUGCCAUUGCAAACAGCCCAUAUGAUCUACUGUACUUUGUGUUUUCAUUUGGAUAAAGCCGUUUGAUGGAAAAACUCUUCAAAAUCUCUUUCAGCUGCUAUCGUGAGCAACAAACGUGAUAAUAAAGAUGUGAUAACCCAAA